AAAUAGUGUAACUGGGUUGCGCAGGCGCAGUAACCGCCAGAUUAAGUGCUCUGUGUAGCUCGGCAAGCGGUGACGGUUUAUAGCAACGGAAAAAACCAUCAUCUCAUUGAACGGCACGGUAGUCAGAGGGACUCUGUCACCCUUGACAGGAGGAUGGCGGUGAAUGUCCACUCCACCUCUAUGACUAUAGAGAACCUGAGUCGCCAUGACAUGUUGGCGUGGGUCAAUGACGCUUUACAGCUCACCUACACCAAGAUUGAGCAACUUGGUUCAGGUGCAGCGUACUGUCAAUUCAUGGACAUGCUUUUUCCAGGCUGCAUUUUGUUGAAAAAAGUCAAAUUUAAUGCCAAACUGGAACAUGAAUAUAUUCACAAUUUCAAGGUAUUACAGGCUUCAUUCAAGAAGAUGUCUGUAGAUAAGGUUAUUCCUGUCGAAAGACUGGUCAAGGGCAAGUUUCAGGACAACUUUGAGUUCCUUCAGUGGUUUAAGAAGUUUUUUGAUGCCAACUACGAUGGCAAAGAAUACGACCCCCUACUUUUACGGCAGGGCCUGGAGGGAACGCCGCCACCGCCAAAUUCAGGUGACCCCAUUGUCCACAAACCCAAAAGACCUGCUUGCCCAGGCCCUAUCAGAACAUCUCCUACAGCGAAGAUUGUCCCCACCCAGCAGAGGCAGAUCAAUGCACCGCCAGCUCGCAGGAACCCUGCCACGGCCCGCAACGGAGGAGACUCUGAGCUCACAGAGCUGAACCAGCAGUUACUUGAAAUGAAGCUGACUUUGGACGGACUCGAGAAGGAGAGGGACUUUUACUUUGGCAAGCUGAGAGACAUUGAACUGAUCUGCCAAGAUGGAGAUGGCGAAAGCAACCCAGUUCUAAACAAAAUCAUAGAAAUACUUUAUGCUACAGAGGAGGGAUUUGCACCUCCAGAGGAUGACGAUGUUGAAGAAGGCGCACAAGGAGACCAGGAUGAGUUCUGAGCUCUUAUUUCACCCAUCUAACCAAUUUAAUCAUCAUAACAACAGAAAAAUGUUCCCCUGUCAUCUAUUUCUCUUUUUACAAGGUUCAUCUUACUCAAUUUUUUCUUGUGACUGUAAUCACAACAUACUUAUUUUUUACAGAUUGGCCAACAAUUUUUUUCCACCUGUUGGUUUGUACUCUGCUAAACCAGCGGUGCCAGCUGCUGGGCAUGAUUGCCUUUCAUAACUGUCAUGCAUUUGAGAGCAUUGAGAUUACAGAUCUGACAGCUUGGAACAAACAGUGCAAAUGGUGUGUGAAUAUGCUGCCGGCUUUCUUUCACCGUGUACUUCAAUUGGUGACCAUCUUUAGAAUUUGCUUCAGACCACAGUUUUCUACAAAAUAUUACCUUAAUUGUAGAUUCAUCUGUGGUUUUGGUGAUGUGAGAUUAUAAGUGAUGCAAAUGAAUAUAUAUUUUGCAUAGUGAAGCUGUAAGAGUCGCCUGCAGACUUGCUCACAUGCACAUGAAUUAAAAAAAAGGUUGAUAUUUCAAGUUUAAAGAAAAAGCCUUUGUUUAUCAAAACAAAGCCUGACAACAGCUAGUUUUUUUUUGUUUGAAAAGAUUGAUGUAUUUGUUUUUAUUUAUUCAUUUUUAAUUCAUUUUUUGAGAAAAAAAAUGGUGGCUUGGGAUGAAAGGUCUUGCACUUAAUGUAGCGAAAGAAGCCCACAUAUGUGAUCCUAAUUGCCAACAAGCAGUGAUUGGCUGCAGCCAGAAUUCUACAGGAAGAUGCAAUUUUAUAUUUUGUAGUAUUGAUUUAGUUGUUUUUCUAUCUGCAUUUGAAUAGCUAAAAAUGCCAAGUCAGUUGUCAUUGUGAAAUAUGUAUUUAAAAGAUAUCAGGUUUGAAUUUUGUUAACGGAGAGAAGUGAGUUAAAGACACUACUAAAUUACUAAUGGUUGAAUAUUGAUUUUAAGCUCAACAAUUUAGCUGCUAUCUCAUAUGUUUCAUUUAAUUGAGUUUUCAUACACUACAUAGCACUAAAAUGCCACAGUGUGGUAUACUGUCACUGGCAGCCUGGCUGAGUGUUCAUAACUAGUUGGACCUUUUUUGAGAAAGCUUAAAAGCACAGCACAUUUUGCUCAGUUUGUCUCAAGUGAUUGUGAUAAACAACUGGACUUUACUGUUGGAUUUAAAUAAAGCUCUGAGGUUCAAGAAAAUCAAUAAG